GCCCACAGUGGCAAGCAUGAAGUGGGCUGUGGUGUGGUUGUGUUUCCUCAGUUUUGCUGUUGAACUCCAGGCACUGGCUGACAACCAUGUCAACAACAUCUGCAGCACUUGGGGCACGCAGCACUUUAAGACCUUUGAUGGUGAUGUGUUCCAGUUUCCUGGCCUGUGUGAGUACAACCUGGUCAAAGGCUGCCGCAAGUCCGAGAAUAAGUUUUCUGUGGACAUUAGACGAGAAGAAAAUGAUGGAAACAUUACAAUAAGUUAUGUUGUGGUCACCAUCUCUGAAAACACAUUCAACCUGACCAAGACUGAGGUCGCUGAAAACGAGAAUCCAGUCACUCUGCCGCACUACAGUGGCGGAGUAAAGGUGGAAGAAAGUACAUUUUACAUCAGGCUUCGAGCGACCAAAGUCGGCAUUAUAGUCAUGUGGAACCGUGAAGACGCAGUCAUGGUGGAAGUUUCAAACAGAUACCAGAACCAAACUUGUGGCCUUUGUGGAGAUUACAACGGCGUUCCUGUCUAUGAUGAGUUCAUGGAUAAGGGUUUUAAAAUGACCCCCACUGAGUUUGGAAUCAAACACAGAGUCCAUCUGCCAAACGAUGAAUGCAAAGACCCUCAUGUAGAAGAUGAUGAAUCAAAGACAAACGUGUCAGAUUCAUGCAAAGCAUUUCAAACCAUCUGUGAACAAAUAUUUCAUGGGGAUUCCUGGAGUUCAUGCGCCGCCCUGAUUAGUGCUGAAGCUUUCAUCCAGGCAUGCGUGGUAGACAUGUGUGCCUGUAACAACGGUACCAGUGACUUGUGUGUCUGCAGCACAAUGUCUGAGUUUUCUCGUCAGUGUUCGCACGCAGGAGGACAACCACCCAACUGGAGGAGGCCUGAUUUCUGUGGUAAACAGUGUCCCUACAACAUGAGGUAUGAAGAAAGUGCUUUUCCUUGCAUGGAUACUUGCACACAUCAGGACACCAGAUUAGUGUGUGAGGACCACAAAACAGACGGCUGCUUUUGUCCUCCCGGAACGGUGUUUGAUGAUAUUUCUGAGAGGGGCUGCAUCCCUCGGUCUGAGUGUCAGUGCAAGCAUGACAGAAUCUACGACUCUGGAGAGGUUUACCGUCACGAAAAAACAAACUGUACUUGUUCAGAGGGGAAGUGGGAGUGUGAGACUUUCGAGAGACCGGCUACAUGUGCAGUUGAGGAAGGUUCACAUUUCACAACAUUUGAUGGUACAACAUAUGCCUUUCAUGGAAAUUGUAUUUAUACCCUGGCCAAGGUGGAGAGCAAGGAUGGAGUAAGUCCAAACUUUACUAUUCGGGCCCAUUUGGGACAAUGUGGAGAAAAACAAAAUGAUAUUUGUCUAAAGGCUCUUAAAAUCCAUCUGGGCACAGAUAAUGUAUUAAUGUUUACAUCUGAGGGAAAAGUUCAACAGAAUAUGGAGGACAUCAGUUUGCCAUAUUACUCAGGGGACAUCAGAAUAUUUCAUGCUUCAUCCUUUCAUAUCUUGCUCAACGCCAAGUUUGGCCUCCAAAUUCAGAUCCAGCGUGUUCCUGUGAUGCAAGUCUACAUCAGUCUGGAAAGCAGCUACAAAGAAAAGACAAGUGGUUUAUGUGGAAACUACAACAUGGCUUUGAAUGAUGAUAUGAAGACUCCUCAAGGGUGCCAAGAAGGAACUGCAUUAACUUUUGGUAACUCUUGGAAGGCCGACCACACAUGCCCAGAUGCAAGCAAAGAACUUGAUAGCCCCUGUUCCAUCAGCAUGGAAACUGAAUGA